AUGGACACGGCCCGUGCGUAUGUCGCCACAGCCGAGACAAUUGGCAAAGGCGGCGUCAUAGCCGGCUUACCAAAGGAAAAAAAGCUAAAAUGCUUGUAUUCCAAUGCGCAAUGUCUGCUAUCUAAAUUAGAUGAGCUUAAAAUCUACGUUGACCAAACCUUACCCGAUAUUAUAUCCAUAACUGAAACGUGGCUGUCCGCGAGCGUAGACGAUCGCGAAGUCGCUUUAUCUGGUUAUCACUUGUUCAGAAAGGACAGGUUGGGACGUCAAGGUGGAGGUGUGCUCGUGUAUGUCAAAUAUGGCCUUUUUGCGUCAGAAAAAGAGGGACAGCUCGCGCGCACAGCUGAAACGAUUUGGCUCACCGUCAAGACGCCGGGGUCACAACCUCUCGAGAUCCUGACGGUCUACCGCCCACCGAGGAAUGACCCGCAAUCAGACAGUAGUCUACUAGAGGAAUUAGAAGCGAUUUCCCUCCGACCCAAUGUCAUGAUUAUGGGCGACUUUAACGCUCCGAAUAUCGACUGGAAUCUGACUUCUGCCCCGGGCUCAGAAUUUAACUUUGAUCGCCGCCUCCUAAAUUCUGUGCAAAGAUCGCAGCUCACACAACACGUCUUAUCCCCAACCAGACUACGUGAAGGACAACUAGCUAACUGCCUAGACCUUGUAUUGACAAAGGCACCGGAAAGCGUUGAUGUUGUAAACUGUCUACCCCCUCUCGGAAAAAGCGACAAUGUAGUCCUACAGUGGGAGUAUUCUCUCUUCUCUGUACCCGAUCAAAGCAUCGUGGUUAGACGCAACAUAUGGCGUGGUGACUUCAACCAAAUGCGUCUCGACAUGCGUCGUAGAGACUGGAAAGCAGCAUUUACGGGGUGUGUCCUCAAGGACUGGCUAGAACUUAAGACCAUACUGAAUGAACUUAUCACCAGAUACUGCCCUAUGUCGAAUAAGAAAAUCACCAGCAGGCCCCGAUGGCUUAAGGGUUCACUAAAAGUUGAAGUAAACCGUAAGCAAAAGCUGUGGAAAGCAUAUCUUAGGGACAAGACAACUGAAUCAAGAAAUAGGUAUAAGGCUCAGCGGAAUAGGGUAAAGUGCCUUGUUUACAAAGCCCGCCAAGACUUCGAGGGUAACCUUUUAAACUGUGCAGGAGAAAACCCAAAGCUUUUCUUCAACUACAUAAGACAAAGUACUCGCAACAGGGAUCCCAUCCCUAUGCUAAAAACUGAUGAUGGCGUUGAACUUUACAAGGACGACGAAAAGGCUGAACAUCUGUCCAGGUUCUUUCAGUCGGUCUUUACGAGAGAAGUCGCUGUACCCACUGAUCACUGUAAUGUGGACAAUGUCCCGACAAUUGACUCAGUGGUUCUCACAAAACCUAUUGUUCAACAAGAAUUACUGAAGCUAAAAGAAGGGACUUCGCCCGGUCCUGACGAAAUACCCGCAAAGUUGUUGAAGGAAUUAGCCACAGAAUUGGCAGAACCUCUGAGCGUCCUCUUCCAAGCCUCUCUUGAUGCAGGCAGACUGCCUCCUGAGUGGAAGACUGCGUGGAUUUCACCGAUUCAUAAAAAUGGCAGUCGCGCUUCCGCAAACAACUACCGACCAGUAAGCCUCACCUCCAUAUGCUGCAAAGUUAUGGAGCGAAUAAUCAAACGCGAACUGAUGCGGUUUUUAGAGCAAAAUCAUCUUCUGUGCGAUGCACAGCACGGUUUCCGCAGAGGGAGGUCCUGCUUAACCAAUCUACUCUACUGUCUUGAACAGAGGACCCGAGCGAUUGAUGAAGGAAACGUUGUGCAUGUGGCCUACAUAGACUUCAAGAAGGCAUUUGACAGCGUGCCACACCAACGUCUCCUACACAAGCUCAGCCGCAUAGGGGUAAGAGGCAAGCUUUUGAAGUGGAUUGAAAACUUUUUGGUCGGUCGGUCCCAGACUGUUCGUCUUGGUGGCCAGCACUCGGCAGAGGUGACGGUUACGAGCGGAGUACCUCAGGGCUCCGUUCUUGGCCCUAUCCUCUUCCUCAUCUAUAUUGAUGACUGUAUCCAUGGAUUGGACUGCAAGAUUGCCAUGUUUGCUGACGAUAUAAAGCUUUGGACCGUCAUCCGCAACGAGGACGAUGAAGCAAAUUUACAGGCAAACUUAGACCGCCUCGAAAAAUGGUCGGGCCACUGGCUCCUCCCAUUUAAUGUUACCAAAUGCAACAUUCUGAGGAUUGGCAGAACCAGCUCUGCGCAUCGGCAGACGUACUAUCUAAAUCACACACCGCUGCCACUGGUAGAGGUUCAGAAAGACCUAGGGGUGUGGAUAACAUCUUCACUAAAGCCAUCAUUCCACUGCUUGAAAGCAGCGAAAUCCGCAAUGUCCAGCUUAUAUCUCAUUAAGCGGGCAUUUGCCAAGUUCGAUGAAGAGUGCUUCCGCAAGGUCUUCGGGAUGUUUGUGCGCCCACAGUUAGAAUUUGCCAUUCAGGCCUGGAGACCCUGGACUGUUAAGGAUCGUACCACCCUCGAAAAAGUCCAACGACGGGCAACCAAGCUUGUCAGAGGUCAUAAAAACCUACCUUACGAAGCCAGACUUUCAAAUCUUAACCUCUUUCCCCUGGACUACAGACAACUCCGUGGCGACUUAAUUCAAACGUUUAGAAUGUUACGGGGUCAGGACUGCUGCCUCGCAUCCGGCGACUUCUUUGAGCUGGCCACCACUACUAGCUUGAGAGGACGCCCUCUGAAACUACGUGUGACAGGAGCGAGACUGGAUGCAAGAAGGUCCUUCUUCAGCCACAGAGUGGUAAAGGCAUGGAACGCCCUACCUGUGGAUGUCGUCAUGUCCUCAUCCGUGGACUCAUUUAAGAGAAAGCUUGACCAGUACAGGGAUAUGUACCUCCACAGCAUCAGAAACUAA